UCGUUCAGUGUUCACUAUUCAGAUACAGAUACCAGAUACUCAGUCAGGUUCAGUUCGUGUUCGUGUUCAGUUCAGUUGAGUAGCGAAUCGGAGACGUUCGUGCUGCGUUGAUUUAAAACGGACAAAACUGCGUCUGCCCGAGCGAUUUAAUAUUUUAUACUUCAAACUAAAAAAAGAACACAAAAAAUAAUUUUUUAAAAAUUUCAAAUUACAAAUUUCACUCAAUGCAGACGGUUGUGCCGCGGAAGAAGUUGUGACUUGAGAAUUUCCAAGGAGAAAAUAAUCGUCGCGUUGGUUGUGAUCUGCAGCCGGAGAUCGUGGAACGUGAAAUAUUUGUAGAUUUGAAGCGCCUGAAAUUUUCGAAGAAAUAGCAAAAUCUGCUAUAGUUUGUGGAGCUACUAUCAGAAUUUGUUGGCCUUUAUGUCAAAUAUAUUUUCAAAGACUAGUUUGUCCAAAAGGCCACACGGCGAAAAUUUCUUAAGCCCUCUGGGCCACCUACUAGGUUUCUUCGGGCGGAGAGGAGAUCGUACUCCACUGCGUGUUCCCAGAGUGAAAAGUGCGAGGAAGUCCGGAAUCAGAAUCCGCGACGCCAUAUUUGUCUUGUAACCUGAUCGAAAGCCCGUGUCUGUGUUCAGCUCCAGUGUGUGUGUGUCCGCGUGUGUGUUGGCCUAUAGACGUCUCGGCCAACGGAAGUUGGACGUUGGCGACUGUUAAAAGAACUCGACCCGAGAUUCACUUAAUUCCGACUAAAGCCUGGAUUGUAGAUCGAUAAUUAAAUUGCCCAAGUGAUUGCCUAGGUGCGCGGCCCCACCACCACCACCAUGCACCAGUGUACGUACGCCAGUGCUGGUGUAAGGCGCUAGUGUUGGUGCAAGUGCUUCUGUGUGCGCGGCAAGAAAUAGCCGCUUACCUAAGCGAAAAAGUUCUCUCUCAACGGCUUGAGAACCGAACCUGGUCACCGACACAGGCACAGUUAAAUACAUACACCAGCAGCCAGACAACGAAAUACCUGUGCACACGGACGUGGAUAGCACACGAAGCAAAACCAGAAAAUCCACAUUGCUUGAGCCCGCUUCCCCUUCGCCUCCCGUCACUCUUCACGACUAGUUUGGAUUCGUGCCUGAGUUUCACCAGCUACGAAACCUUCUCCACGGCGACUGUUGCUCUGCCACUGGGUCUGCUCAGCCGGACAAUGGGUGACUCCACGCCCAUCUGCCGCUGCCGCGUGCUCUACCUGGGAAGCGCCGUUCCGCGCCAGAGCAAGGACGGGCUGCAGGGCAUCCAGGAGCCGCUGCGCAGCUUGUACCCUUCGGAGGGGGCCGUGGGCGCCAAGGGCAUUGAUAGUUGGCUGAGCGUGUGGUCGAAUGGCAUUUUGCUGGAAAACGUUGACGAGAACCUCAAGCAAAUAACGCGGUUCUUUCCGAUCGAGUCGCUGCACUACUGCGCAGCCGUUCGCCAGGUGAUGAUCCCGGAGCGAGGCAACUCUCAUCCCGAGCCCAAGUUCCUGCCGUUGGACUCGCCCUUUGCACGAGCCCCGCGAGCCCAGCAUCCCCCUAUAUUCGCCGCCAUCCUCCGCCGAACCACCGGAAUCAAGGUGCUCGAGUGCCACGUCUUCAUCUGCAAGCGGGAGGCGGCUGCAAACGCUCUAGUCAGGUGUUGCUUCCACGCCUACGCCGACAACUCGUACGCCCGCCAGCUGGAGACGGGCGGCGGAGGUGGCAGUGGGGGAAGCAGCGUCUAUGGUACUCUGAAGAGCGCGGCUGGCAGCAAGUCCAACGGCGACCUGACCAAUGUCGGGCCGGCCAAUGGCGGCGGAAGCCACCAUCUCGCCCUCUCCGCCCAAGGCGGCUGGAGGUCGCGGGCCGGCAGCACAACGACUCUCAACAGUCUAGGGCGCGCCUCUAACGGCCACGCCCCCAACGGAUCCGCUCUGGGCAUGAACGGCGGCAGCUCUGGCAGCGCCGCAGAGGGUUACACAUCCGUCAAGAACUUUUACGGGAGCAGUGCUGACCUCAACGUGACUGUCGACGACGGAGAUGCAUCGUAUAAUGGAGAUGAAAACCACAAGGUGUGGAACGGAUCGCAGGACCAGUUGGACAGCAUCGGGGUCGUAGAGAGUCCAUACGAACUGUUCUCCGGCAACACGUCUACCCUGGGGAGGCCAUUAAGGGCGCGCCAGAUAAGCACACCCAUAGACGUGCCUCCGCCCCCCGUCAAGGAGGAGCGCAAGCCUAAACGAGAUAAGAAGUCGGCCAAGUCGAGCAGCAGCCAGAGCCUGUCGGGCACGCUCAUCCGUCCGAAGCCAAUGCACCCAGCAGCCCUGCAUCGCUCAGGAAUUCAGGGGCCAGUGGGACCUGGCAGUAUGAUCUACGGACCUCUCCCUGCUCACGGUCCCCACGCGGCCCGCUACCAUACGAUCAGCCAUCGCGGUUUCCCGCCAGGACCGACGGGACCUCCUCCCAGCCACCUGGCUCAUCAUCCACCCCCAAACCCGCAUGCCCACAACCCCCAUCAGUCGCAGUACCAGCACCAGCUUCACAUGAUGCACCACGCAGCACACCCGCAAUUGUGCGGGAUGCCACCCUUGCAGAUACCUGUACUAAUGCCGCAGCAGUACGCUACCCUGCAGCCUUCGCGCUCUUCAAGCAAGAAGAAAAAAGACAAAAAAAACGGCGGAACUGGCGGCGGAGUGCCCGUGGGCAUGCCCAUUGUGCCACCCAUCUAUGCCUACCAUCAGCAGCAAGCCAUGGUGUCGCCGCAGCAGUUGGCCCAGUCUCUGAUCGGAGAGACACGUCCGUUAGGAAAUUCCAGCCGCAAACUGGCGGCGUCGAUGGGUAAUGGACUAGACGACUCUGGCAACUCAGGCGCCGAGUCGCCUUCACCAGGCGGCACGGGAAUCUACAAGCGCAAGGGACAUCUUAACGAGCGAGCCUUCAGCUAUUCCAUUCGUCAGGAGCAUCGCAGCCGCAGUCACGGAUCCUUGGCUAGCCUGCAGUUCAACCCGCCUGACAUGAAAAAGGAACGUGAGAUUGCUCAAUUGGUUGCUGGUCUCGACCUCAACGACGGCGAACGGCCUAUGGGCAUGAACACUUUGCAAAGAAAGCAAGGAAUCAUAUCUAAUGGAGGGACACCAGUUUCGGGGGGCGGGCCCGGCCCGCUGCAGCAUACUCACGCUCACCCUACGCACCCACAUGCCAUCUAUGGUCCACUGGGGCCUGCCAGCAGCUUUGGGAAGCCGCGAAGAUAGAAGUGGUCUAUAGUGCUGCUGGGUAGAUCUACGUACUUUACAAAUAUAUAGGUUUACGCAAUGUUUAGCGAUGCUGGUCAAAUUAGAAAAGGGUGCGUAUACCUUGAUUAAACGAGUUGGCAGCCAGAUUGAGCCGGAUUGAGAAGACCACUGCGGAACAAAGAAGCGGAGAACUGGAGGAAGAUACCCACAUUGAAACCAAUUUUACAUAAAUGAAUAUGUGUGCCUUAUUAGGUUUAUACUAAAAGUAUAUGCGCUCGCUAGAAACCAUGUGUCUACAGAUACCAUAUUUUAAUCAAUAUAAUCAUACUGUAGAAUAUUAUGAUAAGACCACAAUUAGGAGGCGAUUCCAAAUGUUAUAGAUGCCCCCGCAUGGGAGACGGUUCUCCUAAAGAGCGAGUGAACACAUCGUUCUGACCAAGUUUGUGUCUUAACUUGUAACCCGGAUAGCUACCCCUAUUUCAUACAAAAACUGUAUGCAAUUGAAUAUGCACAAUAAAUACUUACAA